AUGAACUUAUUCAAACGGGCCAUGGACAAGCGCGGCAGGGAGCUCGUUCCUUCGACGCAGCGCACCGACAAGGAAGUAGAAACGAGACCUUCAGAAGAAAAUGACGAGGAUGAGAUGCUGCUGUACGCACACGGAGGCCUUCCUCGAUCACAACGAAAGAGUUGGGCGCAAAGGCUCUCCACUGCAGCACUGAUCAUUGGUUCCAUGGUUUGCUGUUUUGCCAGUGGCUUCCUCCUGCGUGACCUGAGUCAACCUCGCCUGUGGAACUUCGACCGCUACGAGACUCUCCCUUCCGAAAUCCAGAGCCUCCUGCUCCACAAUAGCGAUGCCCACACGUCCUUCCAGAAAGACACCAAGACACCGACCACCCGCGGCGAAGAGGCGUCGCCUCCACUGUGGCACCAGGCCCCCGGUGCCGAAUCCGACAAGUACUGGAACGACCACUUCAUGAUCAGCGACAUGUUCCUCAUCACGGCCGACGACAUGCGCCGCCUCGGCAAGGACCCCGACAAGCACGUGAGCAUACCAAACGACUGGGGCUACGGCGACAAGCGCUACCUGACGCGCUUCGACCACACGCACCAGCUGCACUGCCUCGACGCGCUGCGCAGGGUCGUGUUUGCGGAGCACAACGGCAUCAACACGUCCAGCCCGGCCGAGAUGAACCACUUCGAGCACUGCGUCUGGAGCAUCCUCGACUACCUCAGGUGCCACGUCACCUACGACACGUACAACUACGUCUGGAUGGAGGACUUUGCCCAGCCGGUGCCCGACCACACGAGCCGCAGGCAGUGCAGGCCCAUGAAGCCGCUGAUGGACUUUUAUGACAAUAACUCGGUGCACACGGAUGCCAGGAUUCGGUACCUGACUGCGCAGAAGGACAAGGGGGACUUUGUGCAUCCCAUCGCGGCGGAUCGGAAGGCAAACAACGACGAGGAUCUUGCGAAGACUGGUGAUCCGGAGGUCUACGGGAGCGAGGCGAGGGCAAAGGCGAGGAAAUUGAAGCUUGACAACGCGGUGGCCGAGUAUGAGGCCACUGGGACGAUUCCUCGGGUUGAAAAGGGUGCACCGGCCUGGCCGUAG